UGACAUUCGACUCCUUGCCUACAUCUAUAGCUUGGCACAAAGAGAUUCACGCACCCUCAAGAGCGUGGGUGAGACGUACACAGCCUGCUAGAGCUGAAGGCAGAUGGCUCUUCUUAAGGCCAAUAAGGAUCUCAUUUCUGCAGGACGGAAGGAGUUUAAUGUUCUGCUGAAUCAGCAGGUCUUCAAUGACCCUCUCAUCUCUGAAGAAGACAUGGUGAUUGUGGUGGAGGACUGGAUGAACUUCUACAUCAACUAUUACCGGCAGCAGGUGACCGGGGAGCCCCAAGAGCGAGACAAGGCUCUGCAGGAGCUUCGGCAAGAGCUGAACACUCUGAUCAACCCUUUCCUGGCCAAGUACAGGGACUUCCUGAAGUCUCGUGAGCUCCCGAGUCACCCACCGCCCUCCUCCUAGCCCAGGGACCUAGACCCUCCUCUCUGAGACACUCUCAGACCUUCCUGUCCUCAGGCUAUGCUCUUGCUCUACCCCGACACCUCAAUAAAGAGCAAUGCUGGUUUUGUUGGA